AUUUUGGAUAAGCAAGGAAAAUGGUGGAGCCAGAGGCCUAUUUGCGAGGAAAUGAUUUUCAGGUAUUUCAAGUCAACUUGUGUCAUGAAUUAUGGAGAAGCUUCAAGAGGGUGCGCACUUCGCUCACUCAAACUCGAACGUUUAGACUUUAGACGACUCCUAUCAGAGUCGGACAGCCGGAGCAGAUUGCUGUGAGGUCCAAAGGCGCUGCAAGCCAACACCGUUAAAGAGUUCAAGUAUUCAAAUUUAUAAACAAUCAACAUCCCAAUCUUUAAUCCAAAGUAUUCAACAUAACUUUAAUCCAAUCUCAUUUCUUUAAACUUGAGUUGGGAUAGGAUUGCAUGAUUUAAAAUCAACUCUUAGGUGAUAUUUGUUUUUUUAACUUUUUAUAGGUAAUUUAUUUUUUCUCUUUUUUAUGACUUAUUUUGAUAGGCCUAAGAGUUAAUAUUUAACCCUUUAUUAAAAAUAAGAAAUAUCAUUCUAAAAAUCCAAACACCGUUGCAGGUUCGUGGCAUAUCUGAGAGUGUGGGGUCAUGGUAACUUUUUCCCUAAUUUCCUUUUUUUUUUUUUGGUUGGGAAAAACUUCCAGAAUUGCGCGAGCCGAACUAAUAAAUGCAGAGCACUGUCGGCUUAUAUAAAAGAUUCUCUCUUCGCUUUCACAUUAGCUUUUCGUUGCUUUCUCAUCUCUUAUGGCUUCAGCUUCAACGAAUCAAGCAAGCCUUCUCCUCCAAAAACAGCUCAAAGAUCUUUGUAAAAACCCCGUUGAUGGCUUCUCCGCCGGUUUGGUCGACGAGAGCAAUAUCUUUGAAUGGAGUGUCACCAUUAUUGGACCUCCCGAUACUCUGUAUGAUGGGGGAUUUUUCAAUGCCAUCAUGAGCUUUCCACCCAAUUAUCCGAACAGUCCUCCAACAGUGAAGUUUACUUCAGAAGUGUGGCAUCCCAAUGUUUAUCCAGAUGGACGAGUAUGCAUAUCAAUUCUCCAUCCUCCUGGUGAGGACCCAAAUGGAUAUGAGCUUGCAAGUGAGCGCUGGAUGCCAAUCCAUACGGUUGAAAGUAUAGUUUUGAGUAUCAUAUCGAUGCUUUCCAGCCCUAAUGAUGAAUCACCUGCAAACAUUGAAGCUGCAAGAUAUUGGAAGUGCACAAGGGGUUGCAAAUUGUGCUUCCAAGAAUGCUGGCUUCAAAAGCAGGAAGCGGCAUAUCCUUGCAACGUGAUCGAUGAAGCUCAUUUUAUUCUUUUUUCCAUUGCAUCUUUGUACUUCUGUGUUUUAGAGUUUUUAUUCCUCAAAUUUGUUUUGGUAUUUCAAAUGCUAUCAGAAGCUUGCUUUUAUUUUAGCUUUGUGAUAGAUAGUUUGAACUAUUUACCACUUUUUUUUUAAAUUGUAAUGGAUGGUUGGAAUCUUUUUCAACCCAUCUUCUCAUAAUGCUUAGCAAUAUGCUUCAUCCAUGCACUCUUGUGUUUCCUUACCUACUUUUGAUUCUUCAUCUCAUAAUGCUUAGUAAUAUGCUUCAUCUAUGCACUUGUGUUUCCUUACCUACGUUUGAUUCUUCUUAUUCACUUAUUUUCCAAUCCCUAGUUUCUUCCAAUUAUUCCAUUGACAGCUAUGGUCCUUUAGGUCAAUGGAAUGUGGUUUAUGGUCCUUUAGUAAUAUACUCCGGUACAAACAUUAAAUGCACAUCUUCUUCAAGUUGAGAGCAAAGGCUGUUAUUUUAGACACGCUGAAGUAUUAGGAUGUAUCGACGUGCCCCAUGACCAUUUCUCAUUUUAGUAUUUGGGAAAAAGGGUUGUCCUUGUUUUGAAUGGCUGUUCGAAUAUUUAAUCAGAAUGAUUCUGCAGUCCUGGUCAAUUUUUUUGUCCAUCUAGACACCCAGAAUUCACCGCAUUUAGCGAUCUUUUGUACAAGUGUUUAAAAAUCUGAAUUGCCCUUUACAUUAUACUUUUGAUCUUCUGAAUCCUUAUUUAUCUGUGUGAACUUCUUGGCCAGCAGGCAUAUUUAUCAUAUACUGGCUUUUAGCUGUAUCAUGUUUAAUAUUUGUAUUAUUUUUUUUUUCCUUUCAUGGAAUAUAAAGAAAUUUGGAUCAAUGAAGCUUUUUUUUCUUACCUGUAUUGGCGUCUCUAUAUAAUUGCAGAAGGAAUGGAGAGAUAGGAGGGAUGAAUUCAAGAAAAAGGUGAGCAGAUGUGUGAGACGGUCACAAGAAAUGUUUUAAACUGCAGGCACAGCUUCUUACUUUGUUGGGUUCACCGGAAAUUGUAUCGGUUGUAGAAUUUCCAUAUCAUAAAAGGUCUUGCGUCCAUCUAUUUAUUUAGUUCUUAAUUCUCUGCGUGGCUGAGUACUUAUUGCAAACUCGAACAUCUCUGUAUUCAAAUGGGUUUGUUAAUAUUGGGUGUGAGUCCAUAAUGUCAAGUUCUGAUAAUGAACUUUUUGCUUUUUGCGAA